AUGAACACCAGUAUAUAUGAGCAUGCUUUAAGCGUAUGGUCUAAUGCAGACUUCAAUACGUUGCAAAAGAAUUUAGAUAACAAUAUUCUUGAAAUCAAAGAUAGGGAAACUUCAUCCCUUGCAUCAAGAAAAAAUCUAGCUACUGAAACAAAACAGUUUAAGAAACUUGAUUCAGGUGAGAAAUUAGCACAAAUAAAUAAAAUUAUCAAACAUUAUCAACAAGAAAUCGAUAGUUUGACUCAAAGAUCAAGAGCUGCAGAGAAAUUUUUAUUUAAUAUAUAUGCUAAACUCUCUGAAGCACCUGAUCCUAUACCAUUGCUACAAAAUUCUAUAGCAGAAUUGAGUAAAAUGAAUGAUUCAAAUAAACUUAGAGAACAUAUUGAUGAUUUGGAAGAAAAGCUUAAUCAAUAUUCUGAUUAUGAUGCUUUGAAAAAACAACUUCUUGAUUUUGAACAAAAUUCUGAAGUGACAUUAUCUAAAAGAUUAAUUGUUAAAGAAGAUGAACUAAAUUCUGUCUGGAAGGAAAAACAAAGGCAUUGGGAAGAUAGAGAAAAAGACUUACAAAACCAGAUUGAAAGGUUACAAGAAAGUAAUAAAAGUUUAGAAGCUAAAAUAUCAAAACAAACCGAUAUGUCUGGAUCUAAUGAAAUCAGAGAUGAAAAUAAAAAUGAUAGAUCUGAAUCCACAACUGAAGAAAAAAAUCAAACAAAGAUAGAUUCUUCAGAAUUCAAUCUAUUAGCUCAAGAAUUAGAGACUACACAAGCAAGGGUACUCCAGCUAGAGAAAAGAAAUGAAGAGCUGAGUGGGACUUUGAAACGUGUUGAAAGCGAAACUGCCAAUGGAUCGGUAUUACACUCCAAGAAUGUUAAAAUCAACCAUUUAGAAACAGAAAAUGCUUUAUUGACUGCUUCAUUAGAAAAGGAGAGAACGUUACACUCCAAAAAAAUAGCUAAAAUAAAGGAUAAAUUACAAAAAUUGGAAACAGUAGUUUCCACAUACAAAUCUGAAUUAGACACUACUUCUAGAAAAUUACAAACUUAUGCUGAUUAUGAUGAAAUAAAGAAUGAAUUAUAUGCCUUGAAAAGAAUCGAGUUUGGAACCAGUAGUGAUAUAGAAGAUAGUAAUGUUAAUGAUAACAAUAAUGAUAUUGAUAGCAUCAACCAUGAUAAAGCUAAAACAAAUAAUGUCGGAAAUACUUUAUUAGCAGCUAAUAAAAAAUUACAAUCGUCUCUUAGUGAAUUAAGAGUGUCAUAUAAUGAUACUAAAGAACAGAAUAUCAAAUUAGAUAAUAAAGUAAGAGAAUUAACCAGAAAACUGAAGGAAAUGGAAGAACAAAACAUUAAAUUAGAAGCUGAUUUAGAAAAAAUCGAUAUUGUCGAACCAAAAUUUAAUGAUACAGCCUCAAUAAUGUCUGGUAUUUCAAGACAGAUCAAUAAUCGUGCUACUUUUAAUGGAAAAUGGUCGCCCACAAGUUCUAUUAUUGGAAUUCCAGAAGAAAGCAAAAGUGAAGUGGUUCCAAGUGGUAAUAUUAAUAAUAUUUUACCAAUCAUUACCAAACAAAGAGAUCGAUUCCGUACAAAAAAUACUGAAUUAGAAAAACAAUUAAGACAAUACAAUCAUGAAAAAACCAACCUAAAGAAUGAAAUAAUGAAACUAAAAUCAGAUAAUGCUAAGUUAUAUGAAAGAGUCCGUUAUUUGUCGAGUUAUGCAGCAACACAUAACAAUAGGGGUUCAUCAGAUCCAGUGUUGAAGAAAUCUCAAAAUAUAGACACCGAGGCACAAUAUUCUAACACAUAUGAAGAAUCUUUGCAUCCUUUAGCCUCUUUCAGAAAGAAGGAGCUUGAUUAUUAUAGAAGAGAAAGACUUUCUAUGCUAGAGAAGUUAUUCAUUAGCUUUGCUAAUAUUAUAUUACAAAAUAAAACUACUAGAAUGAUAUUUAUGUUUUACUGUAUUGGGUUACAUGGAUUAGUCUUUAUGAUGAGUAUGUAUGUUAUUAAUAUUAGUGGCUAUUUGACUCCAGAAGUUGGUAUUGUUCAUUCUGCAACAACCUCUGUAAAUACACACAAUGCAGCUAUAAAUGUUGGUAAGGGAAGCAUUUAA